AGCGCACUCAAAACUGAAGACCAUGAUCCCCAAAAUAAACUGAUAUUGAUAUCCCACAGGUAUAAAAACGCUCGUAAGUACUAAUAUGGUUUUUUAUGUAAGGGAACCAAGGAGAAUGGGAAGGAUUCAACUGAUAAAGACGUUUUCUAGUACCCCCCAAGGCCUCGGCAUGAAAACGACGAUAAUAUUUUUCAGCAACUUUUGGACGCAACACCUCAGACGCAUCAAGAUCAUCCGCCAACUUUAUGUCUUCUACGAUCCACAGAUCUGAUUAUCAAAGUCAUGGCAGAGGUCAAGCUUCGAGAGGACGAAUAUGAUGAGCUCAUCAAGGAUGUAACCGAAUCCAUCCAUGGUCUAGCUGAUAUCGCAAGACGUGAUCGACGGCUUUUGCAUCAAGGUCAAGUUUGCAGGAUUGACUGUGAUGUCUCUUCAUCUACACAGGUUUCUGAAUCUCUUGGUGACUGUCUUCAAAAUUGCUCCAGUAGACUGGUGGACGCUAUCAAUGACUGGGAUGCGCGUCGCGCGCGAUCUGGUUCUCUGAAGUCAAACGCUUCUUCUGCGACCGGCUCAUCGAUUGAAACGGCUUCUACUGCUAGUUCUUGGGAUAUGUCUGCUUCGCCCACGCCAAACUGUCGUUCCCUUGACCCGACAGGCAACAAAAAGGGUAUGGCCAAACUUCAAACGACACACUUUCAGCCAAGAGCUACGAAGAACACCCCCCGACUGUCAGGUCUGAUGUCCUGCUGCAGCUAUUCGUCUUUACGGAUCUCUUGGUUCUCACAACGCCGAAAGAAAACGGAAGCUGGAAUCUCUGCGAGGACGUUGGUGUGGUCAGAAUUCUAGACAUCUUCGUCCAAGGUUUUAGUGAUUCUUUUCCGUACUUGUCGCUGGUUACCUCACCCCCCCCCCGUUUCAGAGCCAUUCCUGAU